UGCUGCUUCUCAUAUUGCUAAUUUACCUGAGGACACAAUUACGAAUAUAUUUUGCAAAAGUAAUUGUAAUGUGCUUGAAAUCAGCCAAGUAAUCAUGUAUCUCAGUGGACUGAAGUGUGAGGUAGCUAAUAAAGUAAUGCAAUAUCUGACAGAAGACGUCUUCAACGACGUUAACACAGGACUUGACAGGUUGAUAACUGGAUCCGAUGACCCAGACACGACAUUAACAUUUCAGAAAACCGUCGUUAACCCGAAACCGAAAUUGAAUUCGAAAAUCGGUAUUAACCUGUUAUCCGAAUUGCGUUGUCUGGUAGUAUCUUUAUCAAUGCAGGACAUCAUGAUAAGCUGUUAUCACGAGGCUAAAGUUAGCAGACAAAAACAUAUUCGUCUGAAGAUGAGUGAUUUCACAUUUCAUGCAUACCUAAGCAAAAAGGAAAACGAUGAUUUGUUGCAAAUCUUAAUGAUGAACACGUCCCAUGUACGCACACUCUUGUUAGAACGCAAUGCACUACACGAACAUGUAAUAAUUACAGUCCUUCAACAGUCAAAACAUUGCAUAGAACGCUUGAAGACGCCAGGAUCUCGUGGAAUUAUAUCCGCAUUACAUACUCUGAACUUAAAACAAUUGACUUUAAUCGGAAAGAACGAUAUGUCACUGUUUUCCUGGAUGCUGCCAUCCCUGGGUAACCUAACGUUUUUGAGGAUAGAAGAAUCUGAUUUUUGCGAAGAUAUUUUUCCGCCUUCCAAUAUGCAAUAUAUAUGUUUGCUUAAAAGUAGAUGUUCUGCUGAGUUUGUUGGGCGGCUACUUGUGCAUUUGUCCCAAAUAAGCCACCCCGUCCGUUGUAAUCUGGGCGAAAUAUAUACCACAGAAGAAACUGAUUUUCAUAUUGCCAAGCUACUACCACGCAUUGUAUCAUGUGACAUGUCUAAACUGCAUCUAUGCCUUGGGCAGGGCGCGGCCGAGUUAUAUGAACUAUUAAAAGCGACAAAUUUGGGAAAAAUUCAGUUCGAAACGGCUGAUGGAUUUUUAUUAGCAUCGGAACGUCUUCACACACUUAAUAAAGUAGACGAUAUAGGCUUAAGUGGAACCUACAUUCGUACCUUGAAUGUUAGGUUACCUACAAUGUUACAGCGUGUUGCUUUGUUAGAUUGCAAAAUAUCCCUUGAAUGGCUGUGCAGUUUAUUGAUCACACUCUCUUCAUUAGAUCAUCAUGUCGAGUGUGAGCUGUGGGAUGUUGUAUUGCAGUCAAGUGAUGAAACCUGUGAAGACGAAUCACAUACACGUGUAUCGGAGCUGAGAUCUAAAAUACUGUCAUAUAACAUGUCCAAUAUUGAGAUUCUAGUGGACAAGGUCAGUAAGGAACUGAUUGAAAUAUUACGUGAUACAAGUAUAGGGAUCCUUCACCUGCCAACGGCUGAUAGUGCCUCGUUAGCAUCCGAGAUUCUUCACACGCUCAACAAGCUAACAGAGCUUUAUUUGAGGGGGACCUAUACGGGUCGUUGUGAUCUCAAGAUGCCUGCUUCAUUGCAGUGCAUUAGUCUGAAGAGUGUCGAAUGUUCAUCUGAGUGGCUGUGCAGCUUGUGGAUUACGCUGUCUUCAUUAGAUCAUCAUGUCGAGUGUGAGCUGUGGGAUGUUGUAUUGAAAUCAAAUGAAGAAGCCAGUGGAAAUGAAUCACAUUCAUAUUUAUUAGACUUGCGAUCUGAAUUACUGGCACAUGACAUGUCCAAUAUUAAGAUAUUAGUGAAAACUGGCAGUAAGGAACUGUUUGAAAUAUUACGUGAUACAAGUAUAGGGAUCCUAAACCUGAGAACGGCUGAGAGUGCCUCAUUAGCAUCCGAGAUUCUUCACACGCUCAACAAGCUAACAAAGCUUUAUUUGUGGGGGACCUAUACGGGUCGUUGUGAUCUCAAGAUGCCUGCUUCAUUGCAGUGUAUUAGUCUGCAGAGUGUCGAAUGUUCAUCUGAGUGGCUGUGCAGCUUGUGGAUGUCGCUCUCUUCAUUAGAUCAUCAGGUCGAGUGUGAGCUGCGGGAUGUUGUAUUGAAGUCAAAUGAAGAAGCCAUUGGAAACGAAUUACAUUCAUAUUUAUUAGACUUGCGAUCUGAAUUACUGGCACAUGACAUGUCCAAUAUUAAGAUAUUAGUGACAACUGGCAGUGAGGAACUGUAUUUAAGUGAUUAUCCUUCAGUAGUGAAUGAGCACACAAAACCGGGCAUACUGGAAAGUUACACCACUAUGAUAUCAAACACAGAGGAAAGUUUGCGGGAAAUGACAAAACAGUUAGACGGAGGGCAGCAUGAAAAGAAAACGAUCAUGAUCGACGGAACUACUACUCUUAUAUCAGACCUAGAGGCAAAAGUGGAGGCACUGACAGCACAAACAGACAUGUUUAGAGAUGUCAUACAAUCGAACGUGCGAGAUGACAGUUUGACACUAGCGGACGUUGCAAAAAUGGAAAUCAGAGAUUUCAAGACAAAUAAUGACGAAGAUAAAUAUUCGCAAGGCAAAGGUAUACUGAAAACAAGACUUAUGGAUCUUAAACUUCGAGCUGUGUGUCAACAGUUUGGGCGAAAAUCGAAAGAAAUGAAAUCUCUCUGUGAUGAUGUGUGCAUAACAAUAAGUGCAAUAGAAGGCGUAAGUCAUGUAUAUGCUGCAUUCAAGGAAUCUGAUGAAAUGGCUGUGGCGUUUGUUGUUACUGUUGGCAGCGGUGUUAAAUUGUUCGAAAUAGAAACAUGUCUUGAUGACCUUGCAAUAGAUUAUGUUAUUAAAUGUGAAGAGUUUAAACACGAUGGCAACGAAGAUAAUCACACUCAACAGAAUGUACCCAUACAAGAAGAAGCUAUCAUCAUGUUGAGAGACUGUAUUAAGGAGCAUGCGGACCAAUUAUUUUCAGAACAUCGUUAUCUUAGUAUUAUUAAAGGAUUCAUCUAUAAAGUUAAUAACUCGAAUCCAGGAAACAACGACCUGAACGAAGUACGCUUGGCCAUGUACGUUCAUGCCAAAGGUUAUAUUCCAAUUGAAGAGGAGCCAUUUACUAAGAAAAUUGGUGGCAUUGACAUAAAUGUUUGUGAAGGUGAAUUUAUACUACUUGGCAAGCACGCUGAUGAAGUCCUCGACCAUAUUUCCAUGGGUUGUCAGGUAUCUCGUCAUCAAUCUGGUACACUCGGUCUAUUCUUUGAACACGCUCACUAUGGUCUUUGUGGGAUAACCAGUGCUCAUGUUCUGUUGACUGACAUAGAAUUACAACAAUUAAAACAAAGAGGAAAAAUCGUUGCAAGCGAGAUACUUGAAGUAUUUCAACCUAGUUCUCCCAACAAAAUCGGUACAAUUAAGGAGGUGAUUUACAAAGAAGGAGACUCUUCAAAUCGAGGACUUGAAAUUGGGCUUAUUGCAAUAGAAACACGAACACCUAUCCAUGGCAAAUUUCCUAAACCGAGAACGGGGGCAGAUUUAGAACUGAAAUAUUCAUCGGGAAGAGCAGAUGAAAUUCGCCAGAAUAACCUCAGUUGCGUUAAGUUUGGCGUGGCAACUGGUUAUACGAAAGGAACGAUUGUGAACAAGUCAUUACCAAAUGCCAUGAGAUCUUUGCAAUGGAACCUUAAUAGUGGAACAGCAACAAUUGCAUUAUAUAACCAAGUGGAAAUUCAGCCAAUGUCUGGGUUUUUCGCAGUGUCUGGAGACUCAGGAGCCCCUGUGUUUGUGAUUGAUGGCGAUGGAGAACUAGUGUGCGUUGGAAUUGUUUCUGGGGGAAUAAAUCAGAGCCCAAAUGUGAUGGUGACGCCAAUAGCAGCGAUUCUAGAAGAAUUCGGUAUUUCUAAAUUAAAAUCUUUUACUCCCGACCUUGAACAAAUGAAACAGAAUAUUGAACAAAUUUAUCAGUGGUUAUUACAAACAAGAAAUGAAACCAAAUAAAAUGUACACAUCACUUUCAAUUGUAAUUAAUAUUGAAAGCGCUGUGCAGAAUUUUUCAUGACUAUCAAGAUUUAAAAAAAAACAAGUUGUGAUGUCUUCAUUGACAAGUUUCUAAUAAAGAUGUUUCUAAUAUGAAUCAUAUUCUGCGUUUGGUCAAAGGUUUCGAGAUUUAUCAAAUAUUAAAUAAGCAAAACUGUACAUUUUUAAAACUCAUUAACAACUUCACAAAAACACGAAUACAAAAUAGAACAAUCUUUGUCAAAAUGUCUGGAAAUUAUCAAUUAAAAAAUAAUCGACAGUAGCGAUCGCACAUUCAAAUGUAUAUAACAAUACAAACAAUA